GGGGGCGGAGCCAGCCAAGGCGCCGAGCCGAGCUGGGACCGGUCCGGGGCCGAGCCGGGGCGAGCGGCCGGAGCGGGCCGGGCUGGGCCGCGGUUGGUGAUGGCCAUGGCGCGAGUCCCGGCGGCGCCCCGAGCGAGUUCCUGAGUUGCUAUCAGGCAGGUGACACAGUCUUCCUGCAAUUCCCAGCAUGUGGGCAAGCCUGGGUCCUGCUGUCACAUUGGCCCUCGUGUUGGCAGUGGUAUGGGCCUCAGAGCUCAAACCCACAGCACCACCCAUCUUCACAGGCCGGCCCUUUGUGGUAGCAUGGGACGUGCCCACACAGGACUGUGGCCCACGCCUCAAGGUGCCACUAGACCGGAAGGACCUGAUGGACUUUGACGUGCAGGCCUCACCGAAUGAGGGUUUUGUGAACCAGAACAUCACCAUCUUCUACCGUGACCGUUUGGGCUUGUAUCCACGCUUCGAUGCAGCAGGGAAGCCUGUGCAUGGAGGUGUGCCACAGAAUGGCAGCCUCUGGGCACACCUAAAGAUGCUGCAGGAACACGUGGAGCACUACAUUCGCACCCCGGAGCCCGCAGGCCUGGCAGUCAUCGACUGGGAAGACUGGAGGCCUGUGUGGGUGCGCAACUGGCAGGACAAGGACGUAUACCGCCGCUUCUCACGCCAGUUGGUGGCCCGUCAGCACCCUGACUGGUCGUCAGAUCGUGUGGUCAAGGAGGCUCAGUACGAGUUUGAGAUUGCUGCCCGGGAGUUCAUGCUGGAGACUCUGCGCUUUGUCAAGGCAGUGCGGCCUCAGCACCUCUGGGGCUUCUACCUCUUCCCUGACUGUUACAACCACGAUUAUGUGCAGAACUGGGAGAGCUACACAGGCCGCUGCCCUGAUGUAGAGGUUUCUCGAAACGACCAGCUGGCCUGGCUGUGGGCCGAGAGCACGGCCCUCUUCCCCUCCGUCUACCUAGAUGAGACUCUUGCUUCCUCUGUCCAGGGUCGCAACUUUGUCAGCUUCCGCGUUCAGGAGGCCCUUCGCGUGGCACACACCCACCAUGCCAACCAUGCGCUCCCCGUCUAUGUCUUCACUAGGCCUACCUAUAGCCGCACGCUCACGGGGCUUAGCCAGAUGGAUCUCAUCUCCACUAUUGGCGAGAGUGCAGCCCUGGGUGCAGCUGGUGUUAUCCUCUGGGGCGAUGCUGGGUACACCACCAGCAAUAAGACGUGCCAGUACCUCAAGGACUACCUGACGCAGCUGCUGGUACCCUACAUUGCCAACGUGUCCUGGGCGGCCCAUUACUGCAGCUGGUCCCAGUGCCACAGCCACGGGCGCUGUGUGCGCCGUGAUCCCAGUGCCAGUGCCUUCCUGCACCUCAGUGCCAGCAGCUUCCGGCUGGUGCCUGGCCACACCCCUGGUGAACCCCAGCUGCAUCCAGAGGGGGAGCUCAGCCGUGCUGAUCGCAUCCACCUGCAAACACACUUUCGAUGCCAGUGCUAUCUAGGCUGGGGCGGCGAGCAGUGCCAGUGGGAUCGCAGGGGGACUGCGGGAGGUGCCAGUCGGGCCUGGGCUGGGUCCCAUGCCACUGGCCUGCUGGCAUUAGCAGCACUGGUCUUCCCCUGGACUUUGUAGGGGUCUUUCACCAGGCAGCUGGUCAAACUGGCCUCUGCCGCAAGGGCUCUGCCAAGCUUACAGCAGCUUGUAGAGGGUGAACAAGCUGAAGUUGGGAGGGGGCAGUGCCCCUGAGAUGUCCAGUGCAGUACUCACACCAGCACCCACCCCCCUGUUCUAAGGGGGAGGGGUAGUCCCGCAGAGGGGAAGAGGGGCAAAGGAGGGCCAGGGAACUUGACUGUACUCCCUGUACCUGGAUAGUUUCUUAUUAUUAUUGUUAUUAUUAUUGUUAUUAUUGUUAUUAUUAUUAUUAUUGGGGUGGUCUCUUUUGUAAAUUAAAUAUAAAACAACUGCUUCUGCUCUUGAACUCUCA